AGGUCCAGAAACAGGAGGAGGGAGUUUCUUCGUCUGUUCUUUCUCUGGUUCUUCAUUUCUUCUGCAGUCGGUCGCUGAGAGGAUCUUCUGAGAGGAUCUCCAGCCAGGAAACAUCCAGAGGAAAUGGAGAUCUGCUGCUGUAGCUGCUCUGUGAUUGGCUGAUCUCUGACGUCAUCAUGGCUCACCUGUUCCUGGCCAGUCAGAUGUCUGAUGACCUCCAGGGUAAAGGCGGCGGCGUCCGGAUGCCGAAGAGCUCCGUGAAGGUUCCGAUCUCCUCCGAGAAAACGAUCCGGGACGAACCCAAGAAGGAUGGCGCUGUCGUCACGGCGACGCGAGUUCCUCACGUCAACGAGGUCCAGCUGACGGCGGCGACCGGCGGCGCCGAGAUGUCAUGCUACCGCUGCACGGUGCCGUUCGGCGUGGUGGUGCUGAUCGCCGGCGUGGUGGUGACGGCCGUGGCCUACACCUUCAACAGCCACGGGUCCACCAUCUCAGUGCUGGGCCUGGUGCUGCUGGGGGCCGGACUGGGCCUGCUGGGCUCCAGCGCCAUCUGCUGGAGGCUCCGGGGGAACAGGAAGAAGGACAAACGGAGGGAGAGUCAGACGGCCCUGAUGGCCAGCCAGGGGCACUGUGAGGUCUGAAGGUUUCUGAAUAUUAAACCUUUAAAGACCUACAGGUUCUUCAGAUCCUGAACCAGAACACAAGUUCUUCUGGUUCCUCUGAAGACGGCUGAAAGGAUCCGUUUGAUGACAGGAAACAGCUGUGGAGACUUUAAACUGGACGUUCUAGACGAAGGAUUUACAAAGUUCUAGUCCUGAGACAAAGAUCAUGAAGCUUUUAGAACCACAGAUCUUCUCCUGUUGGUUUCUGACGGUCUGGUUGGAGACAUUAAGGAUGAGUUUGGGGAACUGUUGGAGGAGAGCAGAUUUAUUCCUGAUGGAUAAUUUAGAGGUUUCAGUGGAACAACAUCAGAUAAGUCAACUUUAUAGCGACUAAAUGGACCUGGAUGCUGAUAAAAUGGUGACUUUCAGUUUAGAACUGAAGGUUUGGAUCAGAAUGGUCUGACCCUCCGUCUGUAGUCUAGGAGAAACAUGGGUUCAGAGUUUAGUGUUUUCGGAAUGGUCUAACAUUCCACUGUAACGCUAUGUUUGGGCUGUGGGUUUGACCACUCUGAUACUAAAAUCUAGACCAGAAAAUUUUAGAGAAAUUAUAGAAAACUCACUUUGGAUGUUUUGAGGGUUAGACCACUCUACUUCUAACCUCUCAUGUCAUUCUGAUGGUUUUCAGUCUUUUUUGCUAAUUUUCAGUUCAUUCUGAACAGAUUUAAGUAAUUUUGGACAAUUUUUGAGUCAGUGUGGAAAGAACUUCUGUGUAAUUCUGGACAAAUUUUCUGCAAUUUUGAAUCAUUUUCAAGUCAUUUUAGCCUAAUUUUGAGUCCUUUGGGAUGAUUUUUAAAGCAUCUUUGACAAAUUUAGUCUCAUUCUGCAAAUUUUCAGUCAUUCUGGAUCAUUUUUAAUCAUUUGAGAGAAAUUCUGACUGAUUUUGGAUCAUUUUACAGUCAUUUUAGACUAUUUUCAUGUCAUUCUGAACAAGUGUUUGUCAUUUUAGAUCAUUUCUGGAAGAUUUUCUGUAAUUCUGGAUCAUUUUCAAGUCAUUUUGAAUAAUUUUUGAAGCAUCUUGGACGGUAACUGUUAGAAACAGAGUGGUCUGACCCUGUUUCUGUAGUUCUGGAGAAAAAUGGGUUCAAAGUUUAGUGUUUUCCAAAAUGGUCUAACAUUCACUGUAAUGCUGUAUCUGGGUUCUGGGUUUGACCACUCUGCUUGUAACCCCCUCAAUUACUUAUACAUUUGCAAAAAAUGUUAAAAUCUGAAAAACUGCAACCCCCCAAAAACACAACAAACAAUGGUCAUUGCAAUUUAUUACCAAAAAAGGUAAAUAUCCAUUUUAAAUCUGAAAACUUUUAAAAGUCACUACAAAAUUUUCACCUCUCUAAUCGAUAGUCGAUUAGAUUUGUUUUUGUGUCAGGAAACUGUUGAAUUUCUCUGAUGUUAAUAUAAAUCUGUAUUUUCUGUGUCAGAAAUCCGGUUGAACUGAACACAGCAGUUUGUGUUGUUUUUGUGUUUUUUUUUUAAAAUGGAUUUCUGCAUGAUUCUCUAGAAAGUUUCACAUUUUCUGACUAAACAAUCUACUGAUUUAUCAUGAAGUUAUCCAGACAUCAGCAGAUGAUAUAAAUGUUCAGUUUAAGGAUUAAAAAUCUGUGAUGAUGAUGAUGUACAUAAUCUAAAUGCUGCUAAUAAGCUAUAAAAGACGUUCUUAAGGUACUUUAUCGUUGAUGUACAGACAUCAGUAGGUCGGUUUGUGUUCUGCUCAGGAUGGACAUGUUGGAUUUAAACUUUGGUUUGAUGUUUGUGAGAGACAUUUCCUCUGAUGUUGGGUUCAGACGCUCACAUCGGUUCAUUUUAAACUCUUGAUAGACAUGUUGGUCCGAAGCCAGAAUCCAUUUAAAAAUUAAUGUACAACAUGAACAAAUGUGCAAAAAAACUAAAGAAUCUGAAUAUCUUUUGAAUCAAACUCAACUGUGAUCCAAGACGUUCCUUUAGAACCUUGUAAUCAGUUAAAUCCAUUAGAUUAGUCGAGCUAUCAGCUUAAAUAAUCUGCCUAAACCACAGUGGUUUUGUGUGUCUUUGUCACUGUCCUGGUUUUUGUUUUCAGUGGUUUUUUUGUUUCUCUCUGCAGUUUGACAUCAUGUCAUCUGGAGUUGACUCCAGCAAACCUUCAGUAAAUGUGAAAUAAGUUCAACCUGGCAGUUUCCAUGAGGUUGGACCACUUCAAAGUGUUCACAGGUAGUUUGUUCCUCCUGCUGCCACUAAUAAUGGAUAAAUCCUGGAAGACUGCUGAUGUAAAACUUUUCUCUUUAUGAAAGUAACACUAGAAAUUGUCUGGCCAAUGAAAAUUUGGUCAUAAACUAUGAAUUUGUAACAAGCUUGCAUCAAAAAUGAAGCUAAAAAUCAUCUGUUUACUAGAAAGUUUCCACUAAGUUAGCUAAAACUCCACCGCAAAUUUUAUACAAAUCUAAACUGAGAACGUACCGACCUUCAGUCUGAACCCAGCAUCAGAAGACUGAACACCAGAGCAGCUCAAAAACAGGCUGGUUUCUGAUUUGCAUGUUUCUUUGUAUGUUUAGUGCACUAAGAUCCACACGUCAUGUAUUCACUGUAAUAUUAGUGCUGUCAGCGCCAUCUUAUUUAUUCUGUAACAAACAUAUUAAAGACAAGAUUCAACAACA